AUGUCUAGGAUUGUGGAGAUACGUGAGGGGAUGAGCAUCCUUCAGCUAAAAGUAGCUGUCAUCAAAGAGUUUUACCCGGGAGGCUCUGAUGAAGUAUCUGCAGAGCUUACCUAUUGGCCCCCCAACUCGACCGAACAGGUGUCUAGGAUAACAACACGACCGGUCUUGGUUACAAACUAUGAUGGGAUUAAAUUCUUCUUCAAACAUUUCUGUAUCACUCCAUCGAUGAACCUGUUUGACUCUUUUGCUGUGGACGCUAGCAAUAUUGGGAAGGAUCAAAUAAACAAGGACGUGCGCACAACUACUAAUCCACCAAUGCUGCAUGAACACGCAUCAUCCUUUCAUAAAAGUUUGCUGUCCUCCAGAACCUCCUUUGCGAUGAAGUUUUGUUACCUGACGCCCACCACCCUCUCUGACUUGGAUGACAAAGAGAUUCUCGACAAGGUGGAGCAAGCAGAAGAGGAAUUCUUAAAAACUGGUCAAUACGUAUCUGAGGUCAGACCAGUGGGGUAUGACUCAGAAUUUUGGGAUCCUCUAAUACACGACCCACUUGGCGGUUCUGAUGCUGCAGAGAUCACGUGUCCUGCAUCCGAAGGCUUUGACGCCAAAGCUGCAGCCAUGGGAAAGCGUAAGGAGUACAUGUGCUUCACCAAUGAUGCCUUCGACCACUCGGUAAUCACCGGCGACAUCCCGCCAAAACACGAGGACCCAUGGUUUCCAAAGUCCUCUACUGAAACGGGGGAUACUUGCAAUCCAGAUCCCCCAGUACCCAAUGAGCCAGGCUAUGUAGGAGCCCGCUUCAGCAACAACAUUAACUCACCAUCAUCAAACGGCAUUUCGGAGGCCCGUCGCACACCGGGAGAGCAACCACAUUUUCAGUUCAAUAUGUGGACAUCCACUAAUGGACAAUCGGAAAUGGACACAAAUAGAGAGCCCCUACCGCAUAGGCCACCUCCCACCGUCCCACAUGUUGCGAAAUACCUUGAGAGAAUUGUAAUGGCUCACUGGAGUAGAGUGUAUUGUAAGGGUGAGCGUUCCAAAAUCAUGACAACCAUUGCUUGUGAGCAGUUGAACAACGCAUUAACGAAGGGCACGGGGUCUCGUAUAGUCUUGCUUCUCACCUUCAUCCAGGAAAUAAUGACAAAAUGGUUUAAUGCUAGGCGUCGAAAAUCACUCAGAUGUCGUGGCAACAUUCCCCCGAAGAUCGACAAACUUCUGACGGAGCAUAUAAAAGAUGUCAAAGGCAGCAAGAUCAAUGCUAUAAAUGACUGGACUUGCCAAAUAGUAGCCGACAGCUUGCAGCUAUCCUACAGUUCACUUGUUGGUACAGAAUACCAAGUAACAACCUGGCAGGACACUUAUUCCAGCGUCGUUCACCCCGUCGAAGACGCAGCAGAUGAAGAUAUCCCACCAAAGGUUCGCAAGGUACUUCUGUUUCCCCCUAGGAGCCGUAGAGCUGCAGGCAGGAGGAAAGAAACAUGUUAUCUAUCCGCUGGCGAAGUUUCUGAGGAUGGAAUCCUUAAGGAGUGCUACUUCGGAGCUCGGGCAAUUGUUGACACUUGCCACUCCAGGAUGGACCCGGGAAGGAGGUUCUUCAUGUGUCCAAACGUAAGAGAUGGAGAUUGCCAUAUCAGAAAGUGGUGGGAUAAGGGAGUGAUGGAGGAGCUGGCUCUCAUUCAGUCAUACUAUGGACUAGUGGCAGAGAUGUUAGAGGUUGUCACUUUCCUUGAGGACUUCUCUGAGGAUACAUAA